AUGGCCGAAAACGUGGCACCCACGACAGGCAUCGCCGGCGCCACGCCGAGCCUGCAAAUGUACAAGCAGGAACAGGUCAAGCUCAAGGCCAUGCUCGAGCAGCGCAACCAGGUCGCCCGCCGCCUCGCCGCCAUCGAAUCCGACAUUGAGACCAAGGAGGCCGCCUACCUCGACUCGACGCCUCACGGCAACAUCAUCGCCGGCUUCGACAACUACAUCAAGGGGCACCAGCGGGCGCCGGCGCCCAGCGCCGCAAGCAGGGCAACACGGAGCAGCACCGCGUCUUCUCGCGCUCCAGCAUCUCCUAUCGCCCCGGCAGUGCACGUUCACCCCGACCCUUUCAUCCAACCUUUCACGGAGAACAGGGGCAGAUGGCUAACACGUAGUGUAGGAGGUCACGACGCCUGGAUCUGUCGGUUCGACCCCCGCAUCCCACGCACCGACGCCCAUGUCUACUUCCUUCAAGGACAAGGAUGGUGCGACGCCGACGUCGACGACGGCUGGCAAGGGCAAGAAGAAUAA